AUGGCAGGUGGCGGUGGUCCAUCUUCCGGCACUGUUGAGCCUCCCUUGAGCCAAGCCUACGGAUACGGCAUCAUUGUCGGUCUUGGCUUUCUCUUUUCAUUGGGCAUGAUCUUGACGACAUGGAUCCUGAAGAGAUACAACAAUGAGCAGCAAACCUCGGAAAUGUUCAACACGGCUGGCAGGACAGUCAAGUCUGGCCUGGUCGCCUCUGCUGUCGUUUCUAGCUGGACCUGGGCGGCAACACUACUGCAGUCUUCUGGAGUUGCUUACAGAUAUGGUGUUUCCGGACCAUUCUGGUACGCUUCGGGCGCAACUGUCCAGAUCAUCCUGUUUGCCACCAUUGCAAUCGAGUUGAAGAGAAGAGCACCAAACGCCCAUACCUUUUUGGAAGUCAUCCGUGCUCGCUAUGGUCGCCUCACACAUUGCGUGUAUAUCUGCUUCGGAUUGUUCACCAAUAUUCUUGUGACUGCCAUGCUGUUGACCGGAGGUUCCGCCGUCGUGACAUCUCUCACUGGCAUGCACACCGCUGCUGCUUGCUUCCUGCUGCCUCUGGGUGUUGUUCUGUACACAAUGUUUGGAGGUAUCAAAGCGACAUUUCUUACUGAUUACGUCCAUACGGUUGUCAUUCUCGUCAUUAUUCUCAUCUUCGCCCUCACGGCGUAUGCUGGUGGCACUGAGCUUGGUUCCCCAGGAGAGGUCUACAAGCUUCUCGUCGAGGCUGCGGCCUCUCAUCCGGUAGACGGAAAUGCUGAGGGCUCCUACCUAACCAUGAGAUCAAGAGAAGGCAUAAUCUUCUUUGUCAUCAACAUUGUUGGCAACUUUGGAACCGUCUUUAUGGACAAUGGUUACUACAACAAGGCUAUUGCGGCUCAUCCAGUGUCUGCACUGCCUGGAUAUAUCAUCGGCGGCUUGUCCUGGUUUGCUAUUCCUUGGCUAUGCGCCACGACCAUGGGUCUCAGUGCCCUGGCCCUAGAGACAAACCCAGCCUUCCCAACAUAUCCGAACCGCAUGGAUCCGGCAGAUGUGACGGCUGGUUUGGUACUCCCGUAUGCUGCUGUCGGCUUGCUGGGAAAGUCGGGCGCCAUCUGCACCCUCAUCAUGAUAUUCAUGGCCGUCACAUCAGCGACGUCGGCCCAGCUGAUUGCUGUCUCUUCCAUUUUCACCUAUGAUGUUUACCAAACCUAUAUCAACCCUCGUGCCUCUGGCAAUCGUCUGAUUGCCGUGUCUCACUCCAGUGUCAUCGCAUACGGUACUAUCAUGGCAGGCUUCAGCGUAGGACUUCACUAUGCCGGCAUCAGCAUGGGGUGGCUCUAUUUGUGGAUGGGAGUCAUGAUCUCUGCGGCCGUCAUCCCUGCCACUUUGACCUUGCUUUGGACUCGACAGAACUGGAUCGCUGCGGCAUGCUCACCGGUUCUUGGACUCUGCUGCGCCCUCAUUGCCUGGACAGUCACCUGCGCGAAAGAAUUCGACGGGGUAUUGAGUGUCGACAACCUCGGUACCAACAAUCCCAUGCUCGCGGGCAAUGUCGUUGCGCUACUCAGUCCCGUCAUCUUUGUUCCCUUCUUCACCUUCGUGUUUGGGCCAGACCGUUAUGACUGGUCGUCCAUGGCAGCCAUCAAGCAGAUUGAGGACUCCAAUUCGUCUGAUCUUAUGGAGGAUUCCGAAAACGGCCCCCCACCGGCGGCAUUUACUCUUGUCGCUCCCGAAGAAGACAAGGCCAAGUUGAACAAGGCUUCCAAGAUAGCCAAGAUCAUGACGGUUUGUAUGACGCUGGCUCUCCUUGUACUUUGGCCUAUGCCAAUGUAUGGUUCAUCCUAUGUCUUCUCCAAGGAGUUCUUCACUGGAUGGGUCGUUGUGGGAAUUAUCUGGCUGUGUGGCAGUUCCAUUGCGGUUGGUCUUUUCCCGCUUUGGGAAGGCCGUCACAGCAUGGUACGAGUGGCCAGGGGAAUGCUAGGAAAGUCUAGGAAAUUUGAGGUUGAUCCUGCGAUUGAAGGAAAGGUGGUUGAUGAUGAAACGAUCAAAGACUUGGACCAGAAGGAUUGA